UGGUUUAUUGAGAUAAUAGUUCAGUCCUAUUAGUCCUUGUCCAUACACGUUAGCUACCGAAAAGAAGAAUAAAUUUGUUGUUAUGGAAACUUUAAAAAAUUUCUCAUAUGCUAAUAAUGCCGUGACGUACUUUGCAUAGCAAUUACUAAAAACUUUCGGGUUGAAAGACGAGCGAUCAGUCCGAUUCUAGCCACAAGCCAUCAUUUCAAGUUGAUCGAUCAAGAUCCUGAUGUUGGUGGAAAUUUAUUGAGAGUACUAUCCCAAGAGUCAAUGGCAUCUACAGCCACCUAUCAGAGCAAUGCCUCAAGCCUGGUUCAAGUGAGACCUGUCGACGAUCAGGAUGGAGCUGUUACUGCUGACUUCGAUGAAGAUGAAUCAUGGGAAUAUGGAGAGCAGUUGGAAAAGAGUAUGCCCAGUCACCAGUUCCGUUCUAUCAGGGGUCUUCCAUCAGAAAAUGCAAUGAAAAAGGGGGUACGAAGGACUUUGAAGAGCAGAGCUCAAACUUCUCGUGCCUCCCUGAGAAGUUUGUCUCACGACAGUGGAGGUGAUGUUGAAAGGGUCUAUGAAGAUCAAGUGCUUCGUGAUACAGAGUUUACACCAGAAGAAUUUGCAGAACUGACAAAGAGAAGACAGUCUAUAAAGGAAAUGCCCACAUCAAUCAGACGAAAGCGCAGUCUUAGAGAGAAUGUUGCCACAUCAGCAAUUCAAAGGGGGAAAACAAAGCGAAUUAGUGCCUGGAAACAAUUCAAGUUUGCAUUUGCAAUGGGCUGGCAGCAUUUUAAGGAUGGCUGUAAAGAGAUUCUGUAUUCUUUGGAUUUGUGGAGGGGUCAUCUAAAAUUAAUUCAUGGAAUGUUUGGUUCAGGAGUGAUGUCAUACUUUGUGUUACUGCGCUGGCUGUUCCUUCUUAACAUUGUGAUACUGCUGUUAACAAUCUUUUUCCUGUUCAUACCACAAAUGAUCUAUGGUCAGAGCUCAGAGAGCAACAAUGCUUCUUUCACAGGAUGGGAACUGCUCACAGGAGAGGGCUGGUUUGCUGCCACAGAAUUGUACUAUGGUGCAUACACCAACCAACGUAUAACUGAAGUAGAUGAUUUUGAGUAUAACAUGCCCAUGGCAUACCUGUGUGUUGGAGGUGGCUAUCUGCUGUUGUGUUUGGUAAUGCUUGUGUACAGUAUGGCAAACUCCUACAGAGAGAACUACAUAUACUCUGGGGAUGAAUUUAGUUUCUAUGCAUCAAAAGUGUUUUGCUCUUGGGAUUAUGGAAUCACUGACAGGAGCGCGUCAUUGUUAAAACAUAAAAGUGCUUUUAAUGAACUUCAGGAAGCCAUCGCUGAACAGAGUUAUUCAGUGACCCGUACUUUGAAUGAAAAGUGUGAACUGUUUUGGUUUCGUGUCUUCACAAAUUUCCUUGUCCUGGCCUUGAUGGGAGGAUCAGCAUAUCUCAUCUUGUUUGCUGCAGGCCUCUCACUACAAUCAUCAGAUAACGUUGCUGUGUUGGAGAAACUUUUGCUUCCACUAGUGGUAUCUGGCAUCAACCUUAUUAUGCCAAUGGCCUUUCGCAUUAUUGCAACUUUAGAAAGAUACAAGAGUCCUCGCACUGCCAUAAAUGUCAAUUUGGCAAGAACCACUUUGAUGAUGCUGAUUUCGGUAACAAUGGUUGUUGUCCUGUUGUUUGUGGACAUUCAGCAAUGCAGGAAUGAUGGGGAACUUAUCGGCUCAGAUAAGGGGUGUGACAAACUUAUUCAAAACUGUUGGGAAAAUUAUGUUGGAUACGCUUUCUAUCGACUUGUCAUUGUUGACUUUGUUUUCCUGUUGUUAUCAACAUUCUUUGGUGAAUUUGUCCGAAGGAUUCUUAUUGUUAACUGUCAGUGUUGCAAAGCACUGGGUCCACCUGGCUUUGACAUUUCAAGAAACGUCAUUGAUCUGAUAUAUUCACAGUGUCUGUGUUGGAUUGGCACGUUCUUCUGCCCUAUGUUACCAGUUAUUCAAGUGAUAAAGCUCUUUAUCUUGUUUUAUGUGAAAAGGACAAGUGUGGUGAUGAACUGCCGUGCAUCCAUGAGGCCUUUCAGAGCAUCCAGGAUGAACCUUUUGUUUCUGUUUUUACUGGCUGUGUCCUUCUUUCUGUCCAUGAUUGUGAUAGGAUAUACUAUAAUGUCAUCAGACAUAACCAACCCUUCACAAUUGUGUGGUCCUUUCCGAGGGAAUAAUUUCAUGUAUGAAGUUGUAACAGAAACAGUUGUCAAGUUUCCAAAGUGGCUGCAUGUAACCAUAGAGUAUGCAUCCUCUGCAAGUUUUAUCGCAUUGUUGUUCUGUAUUCUUGGGAUCAUUGUCUAUUAUUUUAAAAUGCUCAAGGAUUCAAAUGAAAAGAAGAUAAAACUAUUGAAAGAACAAAUUUCCUUGGCUGGUCGAGAUAAGCUCUAUCUGAUCAAGAGAAUCAAACAGGGAAUGAGCAUGCCGGUGGAUGCCAACCUGCAGUGAUUUCCAAGUGCUUUGAAUGAGUCAUGUCACCCUUCUUUAAUUUAUUGUAACAUUUUUCAUCUGGAUGCUCAGACUAUCCUAAGUUGCUCGUUGGGAUUCAUACAUUCUUCAAACCUGAGGUGUAAGAUUUGUCUGAUAAUCAUCGAGAAAAAGUAUUCUGACUCAUAAAGGGAGGAGAGAACAUGCACCCCAGGACCCCUCAGCUCCUGCCACUCCUUCCUUGACCAUGUGAUUUUCUUCUGCACCAAACCAAUAUUUUGAAUAAGUCAUGAAUAUCACAAUGAUUGACUUAAAAUGUGUGCAUCGUGAUGUUAUGUCUUGGGUUGUUACUCAUAUUUUUUAUAGUCUUGCUAAGUCUAAUAAGCUUGAGCAUUUCUUUUAAGUAACAGGUGCUUCAUAAGGAGGCACUAGUGUUGUUGAGAACAGCCUGUUAAAGGUAUUUACACUAUUUUGUUCCAUGAAACUUGGAGAGAUUAUAUUUUAGUGUGUGUUUUUUUCAGGGGAUACAAAGGUGAACGGUUUUUGCAAUCCCUUUCUGAUGCAUGACCCACAAUUCAUGCUCUCUUCAUGUUUGCAUGGUGCUUAUCUCCUUCUCAAGCUCAAGCCUUACCCCUGUCUCCACUUUCCCUGAAAAAGCAAAAAUUGACAAGGUUUUCAUGGGCUUUUAUAAUUUUUCCUCUGUAGAGAUUGCCUUUACAGUUGUAUGCAACCUUUUGUUAAGAAUUUUGACAUAAUUGUAUCUUAGUGUGAUUGUAACAUAAAGUAGUCUUAAUUAUGUUUUAAUAGUUUUACAGGGAUCCAAAUUUUGAUAGCCUGAUUAAUGAGAUGUAGGUACACUUUGUAAACCUUAGCUAAGUAAUUUAAGUUAAAAUGUAGUGAUGCAAUAAUGGGAUUUUUUUAAUUAAUUUACAUAAUGUUUUAAUAAAUUGUAUUGAAUAGCUGAUGAAACUGUUAAAUAUUAAAAAUUUUGCUGUUAAACAUCCUGUGUCAUUUUCAUCUUGUAACUCUGCAUGAUGUUCUGUCUAUAGAAAGUAUUGGAAAGAGAAAAAAAAGUCUUUGCUGUUUGGAUUCUAAAUCAAACUUAUGAUGUUAUGUGUUAAAGCUUCUUGAUUGAAUCCUUCAGAAGGAUUGAGAACUUAACAAAUUGGAGAAAGUGAAACAUUGGCUGUCAUAUAGCUCAAGGAUUGGUUUGUUUGCAUAGUAUUAUGUUAUUUGUAACCCACUAAAUUUGUCUCAGGGAAAGAUAAAUUGUUGAUUGAAAUGAACAAGACAGCUCUGGCAAUUUACAAGCUCAGAGGAGGUUUGUCUUGGGUUAUUUUUGCCUCAAAAAAUUAAUUACCUUGCUUGCAUUUAGGCGCAAUAGAGAAGACAAAAGAGGAGUUAGUCAGAUUAAUAGCAGAAAACAAAGGAAAAUUUGGGUUAGCCAUGAAAAGUGAGAUGAGUCUUUGAGGGUUACGAUUAGCCAAGAUUAGUUUUUUAGUUCCUGCAUCACCCAAAUGGAAAGCUUGUCCCUGGCAGUCAGUUUGAGGUAAAUGAACAGAAAAAAGCAGGCCAGGUUGAAGAAAAACAAGAGACAUCCCCAUCACAUUUAUAAGUCCUGUGCAUCAUGUGUUACAUCAAACCAACAAUAUAAUGUUUGUACUAAAAUAUUUGUGGUACAUUUAUCAUCUAAGAAUAGUGUUAGAAAGUUAAAAUAAUAACUUACUACACAUUAUUUAAAUCACAUGUAUCAAUUAAUACUGCUUGUAUAACAAGGGAGAGAUUUGCUGUACUUAGCAAGACAAAGGCCAUAAGUCAAUUAUAAUAAUUAUACUAAUUAAAAAUUGUGGAAAUAGA